CGGGAAAGGAAGGUGGCAGAAUGCUCCGAUCUCAACUUCUCCAUGCCUGCCUCGAGACCCUCGGCCUUACACGUUCGGGUUCCUUCUUCCUGUUACCUCACUUUAUCCUCUAUAUCUCACCUUUCGGAGACUUCCAAGUAACUUAGCUCUCAGGUGCAUCAAAGGAAGGUCCUCUUGACCCCGAAAUCUCAGUCGCCAACGCAUUACUCAUCGAUUCAGGGGAUUCCUCAUGACGAAUUUUCAUGGCGACCCCGAGGCUGACGUUCUUCUUAGGAAGGAACACAGUCGGGUCAAAAUUGUAUCUUCGGUAGGACGAGGUCGAUGCCACCUUUCAAGAUUUCUUUGCUGGUCCGCUUUGAUCACCCUCCUGCUGUUCGCACUCGGCGCUUUCAGCCAUGAAUACUCUUUGUUGAGCAUCGAAUCCUCUCCAAACGCCACUCCAAAACACACCUGUGGCUCCACGGUCCCCGAAGCAAAGGCAAAUGGCUGCGUCUUUGACGUCAUGGCAUAUGGCUGGGUUCCAUCCCAGUGCUAUAACGGCGACCUCGUCAGCACGUACAACGCAUACAAUAUGAGCCCUUGGGCAUUCGAUAAGAACCUCACCAAGCCAGCGUCUGAACAAGUGCUUAUGGCUGGAGAGAGGAGAAUUCUCUACACGGACUUACGAUUCCACCAAGAGCACUGCUUCUACACAUGGCAUAAUCUGCUCCAUAGCGUCGAGCAUCAACGACCGCUGAUACACAACUUGUCGGCGUCAACCGAACACCGACACCACUGCAAGGGACUAUUUUUGCACGGGGAAGCGCCAACGGGUCCUGUAGUUCCAGCAUUCUUUCAUUGUGUGGAUAUGGAAGAGCCGUUCUUGCUUCGAGAACACAUGUACGAGUAGGAGUGAGGUUACGAGCCGGAAAGUCUGUCCCAUGACAACGGGUUCUCAUGUUGAUUUGAGCUUUGGGUGGCUGAGGCUUGUAGUGUAAUGAACACAAAUCGCCUGUGCGGCUGUCUAACGGUGGUGAUAUGGAAGUCUAGACAUUCUCCGUCUCACAGUCAGCUGAGAGACGAGCCAGAAAGCUUGUUUUGAUGUUUUUCUGUCUGUGUCACAAGCUC